AGCAACUUUCAAAAUUGUACAACAUGCACCAGCAUAGCCCAGCUGACCAUUUGAUCUUAUCACAUAUAUCGCCGGCUCACAUUGGGAGAUUGGAAGAGUUCAAACGUGACUCUUGCUGAGUGUGACAUAGCGACAGUUGAGUGACAAGUUACUAAAUUACUAAAAUUUCCCCAUGCUCCAAUCACAAGAAUCAAAACUUUCCUAAACUCCUCUCUUCUCAUAGUUGCUGUAAGCUCUGACUCCCGUUUGAUCAUCCAUGGCAGUCAUGGCUCCAUCAUCCCCUUCUCUAGUUUUCACAGUGAGAAGGUGUGAACCAGAACUUGUAGCUCCAGCCAAGCCCACCCCUCAUGAAUUUAAACAGCUUUCAGACUUGGAUGACAGAGACAGUCUUAGAUUUCAGGUCCCAAAUAUACAAUUCUAUAGAUACAAUCCCUCAAUGCAAGGGAGAGAUCCAGUGAAGAUCAUCAGAGAUGCACUGGCACAAACACUUGUAUUCUACUACCCUUUUGCAGGUAGGCUUGUGGAAGGGCCUGGUGGAAAGCUUAUGGUAGAAUGUACAGGUGAAGGUGUCAUGUUCACUGAGGCUGAUGCUGAUGUUUCAUUAGACCAGUUUGGACAUGCAAUUCAUCCUCCAUUUCCGUGUAUAAAUGAGCUCCUUUAUGAUGUUCCUGGCUCUGGAGGAAUGCUUGAUUGCCCAUUGUUGCUUAUUCAGGUGACCCGACUAAGGUGUGGUGGAUUUACCUUUGCCCUACGCCUCAACCAUCUCAUGAGUGAUGCUCCAGGCUUAGCUCUAUUCAUGAAUGCCUUAGGUGAGAUUGCACAAGGAGCAUGUGCACCUUCAAUCCCACCUGCGUGGCAAAGGGAACUUCUCAAUGCUAGGAACCCACCACAGGUGACAUGCACACAUCACGAAUUUGAUGAAUUGGUUGAGCCUCAGAGCUUGAUCAUCAACCCUCUUCAUGAACUAGCCUGUUGCUCUUUCUUCUUUGGAUCGACCCAAGUAUCUGCUAUUCGUAAAAAGAUACCUCACCACUUGGGUAAAUAUUCCACAUUUGAGGUACUAACUGCGUUCUUGUGGCGAAGUCGUACCAUAGCACUUUCACCAAACCCAGAAGACCAAGUGCGCUUGAUAUUUAUGAAUAAUGUGCGAGCCAUAUUGAACCCUCCAUUACCAAGAGGGUAUUAUGGCAAUGCAUAUGCAAUCUCACUGGCAGUAACAACAGUUGGGAAGCUUUGUGAGAACCCUUUAGAGUAUGCAUUGGAAUUAGUUCGAAAGGCAAAAGCUAAUGUCACUGAUGAGUACGUUCGAUCAUUUAUAGAUUUGGUGGUGACUAAAGGCCGACCUCGUACCACCAUUGUGAAAUCCUUUGUUGUGUCAAACACGGCACGGGUGGGGUUAAGAGAUGUAGACUAUGGGUGGGGAAAAGCAGUCUACGGUGGACUAGCUAAGAUUUUUGAAAUCCGAAGUACUAGUGCAACUACAUUUUACAUUGAAGCAAUGAAUAGUAAAGGAGAGCAUGGGAUUAUGGUGCCUGUGUGCUUAACAACCCCAGCCAUGGAAAGAUUUGUGAAGGAGCUGAAUAGUAUCUUACAAGACCAAUCAGAUGGUGGUCCGAUGUCAAAUUUAUAAUUUCAUCCUUGUGAUUUAUAUAUGACUUAUAUAAACAUGUAUCUUUGGAAGACAUGAUGGGGGAGAGUAAAAUGUAAUGUGCAUAUGCUGAUAUGCAUUAGAAAAUUACUUGAAUUCAUGUUUUACUAGUACUAUAUAUCAUGCAUAUGCAAUACACAUGAUUCUAGUUUUCAUC